UGAUGCAUAGCCUUACCUUUGUCCACAGCUUUUUGACACAGACUCUCUGCGACACAUGAAUACGUACAAGACGGAGAGGCCCGUGAAUUCAGCAUCGCUCUCUCCCAUCAGAGAACACGUGGUGUUGGGAGGUGGCCAGGAGGCGAUGGAUGUAACAACCACUUCCACAAGAGUCGGCAAAUUCGAUGCCAGAUUCUUCCACACUGUAUUUGAAGAAGAAAUGGGUCGAGUCAAAGGUCAUUUUGGACCCAUUAACAGCACCGCUUUUCAUCCAGAUGGAAAAAGUUAUAGCAGCGGUGGCGAGGACGGAUAUGUACGAGUUCAUGUGUUUGAUCCUUCAUACUUCGAAGUGGAAUUUGAAUAUUAGCCGAAAUAAAUUAUGCCAGUUAUCACUUGGUUACUGUUGCA